GGCAUUCACCACUCAGUGAGAGAGAGAAAGAGAGAGAGAGAGAGAGGAACUCCCUUCGUUUGGGAUAACUUAGUCCAACACACUGAGCAGAGACUUCACCCCGGGAACAAGGAUCCUCCAGAGUUCUCCUCUCUCUGCGUUCAUCCAUUCAUCACAUCGGAGACUUUCUUCUUCUUCUUGUUUUCUUUAUUCCUUUCUUUCUCUUGUGACGCCUCCACAUUUUUUCCAGCCAUCUGUCCCUGACUAAAAAGACAAGGAUUACUCAUUUUCUCUCUCUCUCGGCAUUGUGUGUGUAGUCUCUCUCCUUUUUCUUUCCCUCCGUUUUCACAGGUGGACUUUUGCAGCUUUGAAACUUCUGAAGAGAAGACAAAGAGAGGAGGAAGACGAAGGAGGGAAGGUGAAUUCAUUUCACCGUCCAGGACUGAAUUAAUUUUGUUCAAACACUUUUUUAGAAGACACUCAAGCCUCCUUCAUCUGCUCUGUGCAUCAGCAUCCGGCAGCAUCCCCAAAUUCAGCCCAGCAGCCAAUCAAGAACCUCCUGUCAUCAUGUCUGUGUUGGCUGUGCUCAGCUGGACCCUCCUGGUCCUGGUCCAGAGCUGCAGCUCCACUUCGGACCCGGCGGCCAAACUCCAGCCCCUCUCUCUGAGCGUCCGUCCGGAUGCCGCCUCCGGCUCCCACUGCCCCUCCUGUGCCCUGGCCAGGAUGAGGAGGAACGAGGGGGGAACCGCAGACAACGUGGCGGGACACGACCAGGAGGAGGUGGAGGAGGAGGCGGCUCAGCAGGACGUGGUGGAGGCGGUGAAGAGGCACAUCCUCAACAUGCUACACCUCCAGGACCGGCCCAACAUCACACGGCCUGUGCCGCGGGCCGCGCUCCUCAACGCCCUACGCAAGCUCCACGUGGGGCGAGUGGCGGAGGACGGCAGCGUGCAGAUCGAGGGGGGGGAGGAGGAGACGCGAGGGCGGGGAGGAGGAGGA